AUGAGUAAUGUAAGCGCUGUAAAAACAACUGUGCUCGCUCAAUCAACUUGUGAAUACUUAACAAUGUUGAAUUUUGACCUGUAUUCAGAAAAAUCCUCAAACAGAUCUGCUGGCGUAGGUGCCGACCCCCAGGUGCAAACGUUCCACGGAGAGAGGGUCGCCAAUGGCGCGCCCUCGGCUGGGACCUUGCGGACCGCGGGAGGGGAACCUGGAGCUGCGCGGAGCGGCUUCCGCGGGGCCGCCUAUUUAGGGCGCGGCGGUGGGCGGGAGCUGCUGCGCUUAUGGCUGCUCCGGGGGACGAGGUGCUGGACGGCUACAUGUUCCCGGCGAGCGCGCCCUACGCGUGGGGCCGAGGCCGCGGCGGGCGAGCGGGGGCCCGGGGCGCCGGAGGAAGAGCGGGGGCCACCGCCUUCGAGGCCCAGGAGCCCCGAGGAAGGAGAGGAGUCGGCGAGGAAGGCGGCCCGGCAGCGGCCAUCCGAGGAGGAGGAGGCGGCGGCGGCCCCAGCCGCGAGGCAGGCGGACUGGGGGCCGCGGGAGGCCGGGGGAGACGAGGCGGUGUCGCCGCGCGCGUCGAGGACCCCGGAACAGCCCACGGUGGGGAGGACCCAGGACGUCGCGGACGGGAGGUCGUCGCCGCGGAGCCUGGAGCUGGGCAGGGAGCGCCUGCGCUUCCAGUUCUUAGAGCAGAAGUACGGCUAUUAUCACUGCAAGGACUGUAACAUCCGGUGGGAAAGUGCCUACGUGUGGUGUGUGCAGGGCACCAACAAGGUUUACUUCAAGCAGUUUUGCAGAACUUGUCAGAAGUCUUAUAACCCUUACCGGGUGGAGGAUAUCACUUGUCAAAGUUGUAAACAGACUAGAUGCUCCUGCUCAGUAAAACUACGCCACGUUGACCCUAAAAGACCCCAUCGGCAAGAUUUGUGUGGGAGAUGCAAAGGCAAACGCCUCUCCUGUGACAGUACUUUCAGCUUCAAAUAUAUCAUUUAG